UAGACAUGGCACUAUUUAAGGCGAAGAAGAGGACGAGAAAUUGAAACCCAAGAAAGUGAGUGAGAAAGAGAGAAAUCAGAGGACGAGAAAGAGGCGUUGAUCUUAAAUUCAUGCGUUUGUUUCUGAUCUCUGUUUGACAAUCUGUCUCUCUGUCUGCCCAUUUUACGACGGAGAAAAAAGAGGAGAGAGAGAGAGAGAGGGAAGAAAUACCCAUCUGUUGUGUGUGUUCACACUUUGUCUAUCUUCUGUUUGUCAGUCUCUGUGCUCCAGUUCAAAGACAUAAACAGAGCAAAAAACAUUUAUUGCAGUGUUCACAGCAGUGGAGACACACGCGCGCGCGCGCGCACAAACACACACACACAGAGUUGAGGAGAAAUGGGCAUUUUAUUUGACGAUGUGGUAUUGAUAAAGGAAGCUGAGAACCCAGGUGACUACACUGUGAUUACUGUGAAUUGCCCAGACAAGACUGGGCUGGGUUGUGAUUUGUGUAGGGUCAUAUUGCUGUUUGGUUUGAGCAUUGCCAGAGGAGAUGUUUCAACAGAUGGUAAAUGGUGUUACUUAGUUUUCUGGGUAGUUGGGAGGCCAACAACAAGGUGGGAUUUAUUAGAGAAUAGACUAUUGGAGGUGUGUCCUAUGUGCUCUCCGGCCUUUUCGAAAAUUUACUAUUACAGACCAGAAUUUCAGCAGCCCAAGCCACUAGAUGUGUUCCUAUUGAAGUUUUGGUGCUCCCACAAUCGAAAGGACCUCUUACAUGAUGUAACCAAGGUUUUGUGUGAACUUGAGCUCACCAUAAAGAGGGUUAAGGUAUCCACAGCCCCGGAUGGGAGAGUGAUGGAUCUCUUCUUUGUCACUGACACCAGAGAACUUCUUCAUACGAAGAAAAGACAGGAGGAAACGAUUGGUCACUUGGAAGCUGUACUAGGCGAUGCCAUGAUAAGUUGUGAGAUUGAACUAGCUGGCUCAAAAGUUACUGCGUGCUCACAAGGGUCCUCAUUUCUUACUUCAGCAAUUACAGAAGACAUGUUCUAUUUAGAGCUGCCCAGCAAACAACCAAAUGGUUUUUUCACUUCCAACUCCGCAUCUGUUACAAUGGAUAAUUCUCUUAGCCCCUCGCACACCCUCGUUCAAAUCCUCUGCCAAGAUCAUAAAGGUCUCCUAUACGACAUCAUGAGAACGCUAAAGGAUUACAACAUCCAGGUUUCUUACGGGCGAUUCUUUGCAAAUCCAAAGGGGAACUGUGAGGUGGACUUGUUUAUAAUGCAAGUAGACGGGAAGAAGAUAGUGGACCCCGAGAAGCUAAAUUCAUUACGCUCUCGUUUGAGAAUGGAGCUCAUUUGUCCUCUUAGAGUGGAUGUAUUGAGUCGAGGCCCUGACACUGAGCUCCUAGUAGCAAAUCCUGUCGAGCUAUCCGGCAGAGGCCGGCCACUUGUUUUUCAUGACGUUACCAUUGCUCUCAAGAUUCUAGAUAUACACAUAUUUUCGGUGGAAAUAGCACGACACAUGAUUCAUGAUCGGGAAUGGGAGGUAUACAGGAUCCUACUUGGUGAUGGGGAUGGUUUUCCUUUGCCCAGGAUGGAGAUCAAAGAGUAUGUUAGAAAGAAGUUAAUGGGUUGGGAAUGAGGUUUCUACCUAGAAUUAGCUAGGAGUUUCGUCGACCUCUGUACAGACCACAUUUUUCUUUCUUUCUUUCUUUUCUCUUUUUGGGUUCCACAUGAGUUUCUACUGCUACUAGCUACCAAGUGUAAAUUAUGUAACACAGUUUAGAAAAUGGUAAGGUUUAAUCCAUCUUACAUUAAAAUCGAUUCUAUCUGGCUAAGCAUUCUUGUUUUACUAUUCUUUCUGUA